CUCACCAUUUUCUUCUUCUUUCCUUUGAUUUUUUUGUUGUAUUUGUUAGAGUAGCUUUUGGAUUAGAAAGGUGUGGAGGUAUCUUAGACAUGGGUCUGGUGCUAAGCUUCUCCUUCCUUCUCAUGGUGCUCUUUCCUGCACUCUCUACCUCUGAAGAUCCCUUCAUUUGUUCCAGGGCUACCUACUAUGGUAGCCCAGAUUGUUUAGGCACUCCAAGUGGAGCAUGUGGCUUUGGUGAAUUUGGAAGAAAUAUCAACGGCGGCGAUGUAGGGGCCGUUGCCAAGCUAUACAAGAACGGCACUGGAUGUGGUGCAUGCUACCAAGUACGGUGCACCCAGCCACAGCUGUGCACCGAAGAUGGAGUGAAGAUCUUGGUGACCGACCAUGGUCAAGGUGACAACACCGACUUCAUCCUCAGCGCUCGUGGAUUCGGGAAGCUGGCCCACCCGAACAUGGACAUAGAACUGAUGGCCCAUGGUGUGAUUGAUAUAGAAUAUAGAAGGGUUUCAUGCCAAUACCCAGGUUACAACCUCAUGUUUAAGGUCCAUGAGAAUAGUAGAUUCCCAGACUACCUAGCCAUCGUCAUCUUGUACCAAGCUGGCCAGAAGGACAUCACAGCCGUUGAACUGUGGCAGGAGGAUUGCCAACAGUGGACUGGGAUGCGAAGGGCCUACGGUGGGGUGUGGGACAUGGCCAACCCUCCCAAGGGCCCACUUAAUCUGCGGUUCCAAGUGAGCGGAGACAACGGUCAGAAAUGGGUCCAGCUGAGGAACGUGAUCCCUAGCAACUGGAAGGCAGGGGUGGCCUAUGACUCAGCUAUGCAGCUCUUCUAAUCCCAACAUUUUUCAACUUCAAAAAUAAUAAAUAAAUAAAUAAAUGCAAGUGACAGGACCAAAUCCUACUUACAAAUAUAUAUUUUUCCUAUUUAAUUUAUGUCUUUGGUUAGUUUCCAAUGUUUAGGCAAAUUCUCUCUCUCAUACAAUAAGAAUAUUGUGGUUUGUUCAGUGAGAAAUUAA